UCGCCGUGUGAGGUUGUGCGCUCCGCCUCCGUCGCGGCUCCAUAGUGAAACGUGAAGUGAACUCUCGUGGGAAUUUAAACUAUUGCCGCAGUAGUUGUCGCAGUUUGUUGUGUGUUUAAAUGUGUUUUUCCUUGGAUUGUGUAGAUACUGAACGGUAUAGUGGCGGACUGCUGGACUACAGACGUCUUUGCAUCUUGCGACCAAGCGAGAAGUGUCGUCUUAUCGGGAAUUAGUGACACUGACAGGUGAUGAUGGUGAUGAUGAUGAUGAUGAUGAUGCCGGUGCGGAAUAAUGCGUCGUGUAAAUUCAUGUCAUCUUUUUUCACUUAAUAAUCGAUUUAAUUUAACUUAGAAACCAUUGAAAUAAACUGUAAAUUAUUGUACCUAAAACUCUUAAAUCAAUUAUCGCCACAACCGCCAAUAAGUUUCACCGGACUUUAACCUAUCAAACAACACCUCAGCAACACCACCUGCUCACCUUGUGUCUGGAUGGCCCGCGGAAGACACACUUUACGGCGAUAAUGUCACCAAGUAUCAGAAAUUUCACGCCUAUGAGGAUCCUCUACCUGUCUCUCCCAAUUAUCCUCAACUAUUACCCCGAUAAAGGUUCAGCUGCGGGGUUCCAGAGGUUCCGCGUGACGCCCGAGAGUGUGGAGGUGAUGGAGGGCGCUGAUGUGUUCCUCCGGUGUGUGGUGGAGAACCAGCAGGGCAAGGCGCAGUGGACCAAGGACGGCUUCGCUCUAGGGUUCGAGCGGCAGGUGCCAGGUUAUCCUCGUUACUCCUACGCAGGUGACCCGUCGCUGGGCCAACACCACCUGGUCAUCAGCGGCAUCACCAUCACUGAGGACGGCGAGUAUCAGUGUCAGGUUGGCCCCACCCAGACUAACCCACCAAUCUGGGCCUCUGCUAACGUCACUGUGCUUGUGGCUCCGACUGGUAUCAAUAUCGUCGGGUGGGAAGACGGUGCAGUGGUGGAAGUGAUGGCUGGUGCCUCACUAACCCUGGAAUGUCUGGUAACCGACGCGCGCCCAGUGGCCAGUAUUAUGUGGCACAAGGACGCUCUCAUGCCCGACCCAAGGUUCGUGCAGGAGCGGGUGGAAGCAUCAUCACUGCCACGACGAUGGACCAUCAGGAGUCGUCUGGCGGUGACGGCAGUGGCUGAGGAUGAUGGCAAGUUGUACACGUGUGAGGCCGACCACCCUACCCUCAGGGAAUCCUCCCAUCCUCUGAUGGCCUCCAUCAUUCUCUCCGUCCUCCAUCGGCCGGGGCCGCCCAUCAUCAGUGGGUACAAGACGGGGGAGGUGUUGGUGGCGGGGGAGCGGAGGACCCUAGUGUGCCGAGUCUCAGGGGGCAACCCACGCCCCUGGGUCACCUGGCACCGGCAGGGCCUCCUGCUGGAUGACACCACCACCGCCGACGCCACCGGUGUCAUUAACACACUCCAGCUCAUUGCCAACGCCGCUGACGACGGCGUUAUCUACGAGUGUCGCGUCAGUAGUGACCUUCUGCAGAAGCCGCUGGUGGCCAACGUGUCCCUCACCGUCUACUACGCACCAUCAUCAGUCAGCGUGUCGGGACCGGCGCAGGUUCAGGAGGGCGUCGUUGUGUCCCUCACCUGUGAAACCAGCGAGUCCAACCCCCCUGCCUCCCUCACCUGGCUGGUUAACGGUGAACAAGUUGACUCAACGCGAGAGAUAAUGAGUCGGGUCAGCACGGGCGGCUGGGCCACAUCCUCUGAGCUGACUCACUUGGUGGCGAGGUCGACCAAAGACACACAGAUCAAAGUCGAGUGUCGAGCCAUCAACCCAUCCAUCAAGGAGCAUGUGACCAAGACCAUCCUCAUGGCUAUCACCAAGCCAGCGGGUCCUCCAGAGUUCGAAGGUGACCCUCAUAAAGAGGUGGUGGCAGGAACAAUGGUUGAACUGACCUGUAACAGCUGGGGAGGACAGCCCCCUCCUACAGUAAGGUAACUUAAACUUUAAAAAUUCCCUCGCCCUCUGCCCUUAUAAUACAUGACUAACACAUUCUUGUGUCCA